CUCUCUGUGUACCUGUCUCUCUCUCAGAAUCUGACAGUGUUGGUGAUGAAUGGAGUCGAAGUUCAACCUUGUCCUGUUAAAGUGCUCGACACAGACACAAUCACACAGGUGAAGGAUAAGAUCCUGGAUCAGGUCUACAGAGGAGCUCCAUUCUCUCAGAGACCAGCAGCAGACAGUCUGGACCUGGAGUGGCGUUCGGGUCAGGCGGGUCACCUGACCCUGUCGGACGAUGAUGUCACAGCGGUGGUCCAGGGUCGCUGGAAACGAGUCAACACUCUGCAGCACUACAAGGUCCCAGACGGAGCCACCGUGGCCCUGAUCCCUCGCUCCCAGAGCUCAGGUGGACUUGGAGUCCACCAGGUGUUCCAGACCGGAGAGAGUAAGAACACGACAACCCGCACAACGCAACACAACACGGCAGACACACUGCUACCUGUCCAUCCACCUGUCAAUCAAAGUACCUGA